AUGAAAAUUGAGAUAACAGACCGAGCAGCUAAACAACUCAAUUUUAUAGCACAUCGGGAAAAAAAACCCAAUAAUGCAUUAAGAAUAGCGAUUGAUUCAGGUGGUUGUCAUGGUUUUCAAUAUUUUUAUGACCUAAUGGAUUCAAAUACUACCAAAGAGAAUGAUGUUGUUUUUGAGAAAAAUGGUGCAAAAGUAAUAGUAGACACAAUUUCUUUAGAAAUGAUUAAGGGUUCAAAAAUAGAUUAUACUGAGGAAUUGAUCGGUUCGCAGUUUCAAGUUGUAGACAAUCCUCAAGCUGCAUCUGGUUGUGGGUAA